UUAUGAACAGUGCCGAACGUCAAAUAGAUGGUACCUAUCUGACUUUACUUCAAAAACAGUCUGUUAGCAUACACCCUUCUUCCGUGUUGUUUAAUUCAAAGCCAGCUCUUGUUAUAUUUAGUGAAGUUGUGCAUACUUCUAAGAGAUAUAUGAGAGGCUUAAGUAUAGUAGAUCCUAGUUGGUUAAUAAAAACGGGUUUGUUUGACGCUAAUAAGUUAAUACCAAACGCUAUUCAAACAUUUUUCUAAUAAAAUGUCGGUUGAGAAGAUUGAAUGCCUUUCAUGGGCAAAAGAAGAAUGGGAAACCCCAGAAAAAACAAUAGCUGGGUUAAAAUCAUUGAUUGAAGCCGUACAAGAUUUCCCAAUAAAAGGGGUUUUAUUCAGGGAUAUAAUGCCAAUUUUCCGUGUUCCUUUGGCAGUUUCUUCAAUGAUAGAUAUGAUUGCUGCAUAUAUUGAAGUUCAUUACGCCGAUGUGGAUGCAAUUGUUGGUUUAGAUGCUCGUGGCUUCCUCUUUGGUCCGAUGAUUGCGUUAAGUUUAGAAAAACCCUUUUUACCGAUCCGAAAAAAAGGAAAACUUCCUGGAAAAUGCAUUUCUAUUGAAUCUUCUAAGGAAUAUGGAAGCGAUAUCUUAGAAAUGCAAUGUUCUGGAAUCAGUGAGGGCUAUAAUGUUAUCAUUGUUGACGAUCUUCUAGCGACAGGAGGUACGAUGAUUUCGUCGUGCGCACUAGUUCGUAAAUCAGGGGGUAACGUUUUGGCUUGCCUUGUUCUUGUUGAACUUUUAGAUUUGAAAGGAAGGGAAAAACUAGACUGUCCUGUUUGUUCUUUUAUUACAUUCGAGUGAGAUUUUGUUAUCAUAAAAAGAAUUUUAUGAAAGUAUGGAUUUUUACAUCACAAAUAGUUAGAUAAUUGUUGAUAGUUUGUAAAUAUGUAUUUUUUUAUGUUUAGCUUUAUUUUUUUAUA